AUGCAGCAGCAAUCAAAAGUUGCAACAGUUCCGCCUACCACUCUCUUAACCUUACCGCCCGAGAUCACUUCUCACAUCCUCUCGUACCUUGUCGACGAGACAGAGGGCAACUCAGACAUUCAAGCGGCCUUGAGAACUUGCAAGCGUCUAUAUGCGAUUGCCCUUCCAAUCUCCGUCAGUGUCUUUCGGAACACUAUACACAGCUACAGCGGGUCAAGCUCAUGCUCUCGCACCCGCAACGUUCGUUUCCUGCGAUACAUUCUCAUUCAAAAGCCUUGGCUGGCUAAGCAUGUCAGAACCGUCAUCAUAGGAAGGUGUUCUGUUUAUGACGACAAAUACAUUGGUUUCAACCGCCGAGAAAAAGGAUCUGACAGAGCGACAGACGACGAAGUCGACGUCUAUGGGCAUCACAUCGAGUUUUUCCUAGGACAGCUGCCUUCUAAUUACACCCUUCAAUGGUUCAGGCAGUGGAUGGACGAUCUGAGAAGCGGUACCUCAGAUUCCCAGUUCGCUUUACUUUUACUCUCCUGCCCAAACAUUCGGACUCUUGUCUAUAUAGAACCGGAGGGUACAAGACAUUUUGGUCAAUUGCUCCGUUUUGCUCGCAAUCUAGUCGCAAUUAAUAAAGCGAUCCAGACUCCAGGUUCUGAAUGGGGAGAUGGAGACCACGCGCCAAUGGCUGUCCCUCUCUCCAAUGUCCGAGAUGUCUUCCAUGAGACGCCCAACUAUAAGAAUGGCUAUAUGACCUUCUAUCUUGAGGCCCCAGACCUUCUGGCGUUUCCCCGAAUACGCUUCUACGAGUGCAUCCUGGCCAAUGGCGAUUCUGUCGCAGCAACAAUGUUCAAAACCCUGCCGCGCAGGUCCUCUUCAGUGGAAGAGAUAGUUUUGCAUUGUUCGUAUCUCUGCCCAGAUGCACUCGCGGGUAUGGUGGGCGCUUGUAGGGCGUUAAAGAAAUUUGAAUUUACCUACGGUAGGCUUGUGAGGUCUCCUGAUCUCAUGACGCCCAGAGAUAUCAUCGAGGCUCUAUUACCUCAUGCUGAUACGCUUGAGGAACUUUACAUUCACUUGGAAGACAAUGGUGAAAAGGACUGGGAUUGGGUUAAGAGCCCUGAGAAGCUGUACCUGGGGCCGAGGCUCCACCAACUACGAUAUCUCAAGAAGCUCACCGUAGGGAUGCAAGCCCUCACAGGAAUGCUUGCUUUUCAGCCCGUUCCUCAUGACGACUCGGAGCAGAUGCCAUUAAAAAUCGAAGCAGCACGGAGCAUCAUUGAGUGUCUUCCGGAGAGGCUGGAAAGCCUCUUGGUUCGCGACUGUGGGGUGGCAAUAGUGGACCAAAUGGAAGAGCUUCUCGCCGACAUUGAAAGUGGUGGCCGUUUCAAAAAGCUCACUGAUAUACGACUGGUUUUUAAUGCCUGGAGAAUGGACAUGGAUGUCGAUGGUCCGGAACUCACCAAGUUGAACAGGGAUUUCGCCAACGUACAGCUCAACAUAGUUCUUCAGAAUGAUCUGGGAUAUCUUUACGACUUGGGGUUUCUCAUUACUGAAGAUGACGAGUUCGUGACUGAGAGAAACGUCAUGUCACGAGUUAACUCGCGUCAUGUCCGAGAUGAGUAUCUGGAGUCCCGAGGGAAGCUCAGUGACGAGGAUGAGAUCCCGCCGCAUGUUUUUGACUGA